AUGCCGCAGACCAUGCGGGUCUGGCCCGGCCUGAAGCUCAUCGGCGUCGGCGGCCGCGUGACCAAAGGCAUCUACGUGCAUGUGGCAGAAGUGGGCCCCGAGAAGAUCGUCUUGGACGGCGGCGACUCCUUCACCCACGCCGCCCUCCUGAAACACACCCGGCUGUGCCACGCCAUCACCUACGCCUCGUGUCAAGGCCUGACGCUCGAAGGGCGGGUCUUCCUGUGCGACACCGAGAGCCCGCACUUCACCCUCAAGCACCUCUAUGUGGGGAGCAGCAGGGCCACCAGCAGCGAGCUCCUGAGCGCCGCCAAGGCAGACCUGCAGGCGAUCGAGAAGGACAUCAAGGGCCAGCUGACCCAGCGAUGCCUCCACGACUCUAAAAUCUUCGGCCGCUACCUCACCGCGUCGGACGUGGAGGGUCGCUUCGUGUCCUGCCUCAAGACCUCCUCCCGCGGGAACAGCUUCAUCAAGCUCAAGGCCCGUGGCUGGGAGGUAACGAGUCUUGACAGCAACCCAAAAGCCAGCCCAACCAUCUGCUCCGACAUCCUGCAAUGGGACUACAAGGCCUUCGAGCCCGGGCACUUCGACGCAGUGUGGGCCUCGCCCUGCUGCACCGAGUUCAGCAUCGCACUCAAGAAGCGCCCCCGCAACCUGCCGGUCGGGGACGCCCUGGUGCUCAAGACCCUGGAGGUCAUAGACUACCUCAAGGUCACGUACUGCAAGUACGGCUUCCGCUACAAGAAGCCCACGGCCAUCUGGCACAACUUGCCCUGGGCCCCCUCCCAGGGGCCCUGCCGCAAGGGCGACCGCUGCGAGGCCUUCCAAGGAACUCGUCACCCAGAGGUGCGUCUCUUCAAGACGCCUGAGUACUCCGUCAAGCAGCCGCCUGACCCCGUGGUUUGCAAGCCCCCCGCCAACGGUAUUUUGUGUGCUCCAUCUGCAAGCGGAAAGACGGUACUCCUUGUGAGCAUGAUUUUGGAGCAAUACCGGGGCUGCUUCGAGCGCAUCUAUAUCUUCUCGCCCUCGGUGGAGGUCGACUCUGCCUGGCAGCCUGUCAAGGAUUACAUCCGAGACGAGCUGGGCGUGAAUACGGACCGGGAGCAGUGCUGGUGGGAGGAUUGGGACGAGGGGGGCUCCCGCCACGUUCUUUUGGUGCAGAUUGCGUCGAAGUCCGAAAGCACCUCCUGCAGCGGCAGCCGCAUCAACUCCGCGAGCUGCCGAGGGACGCAAAGCUUGUCCGGCCGCUGUUCGAAGGACGGUCUCCACCACCACCCGGUCGUCUACGACCUGCAUGGCCUGCUGGCUGAAGGUCCACUCCCUCGUUGCGUCCAGGUUCCGGGCAUCCGAGAGCCCCUCGCUCUGCCGGGGCAGUGUGACGUUGAGGUCCGUGACGGGCAGGCGCUUCGUGCGCUCGUACGGCAUGCCGCGGUUCCGGCCGUUUCGCCGGAUGCCGCGGAUGAUGACGGGCACGUGCACCACCCAGUCCACCCACUUGUCCUUGAAGAAGCUCUUCCCGAGCUUGGUCAAGUGGUAGUUCCCGUUGGGCUGGAGGUCCUCGCCCUGACCCCGGCCUCGGCUGCAAUUCUGAUCGCAGCGAGGUCUGAUGUCAUUAAGUUGGUAGGCACGGGGCUCGGAGGCAGCGAAGUCUGGUCAGUGUGCGCCCAGGAGUCGCGGGGUCACGGGGCCACGCGGGCCACCCGGGUCGCGAGGGUCAUGGGUCACGGGGUCACGGUGACACGCGGGGCCACAGAGAGGACAGCUAGGACGAUUGCCGCCAUGAGCCGGCCUCCAGCAACAUCGCGCAAGGUCGGGCGCGUGGUGGUGCUACUGGCGCUCGUCUUGGUGUGUCUGCCAGCGAGCAACGCAGACGGCGCGGGCUUUGCUUGGAGCGGGGGCCGUGCCGUUUUCGAGGUGGGAUGUGAUGUAUGGCAUGGAGUGCCGAAGAUGCGCAAGCCAGAGCGAGGCGGGCUCUGCGAAGGCUCGCUGACACUAGCAUUUGUGUGCCGCUUGCUGCAGGCCGAGUGGCUAAAAAAGACAGCUGGCGAGAUCGACUUGUUUACAUCUGAGGAGGUCGGUUAUUGGGCCAGAGCGGUCUUGGAAGAGGCGAACUGCGGCAAGGAGACGGUACAGAAUAUUACAAAUAUUAUCAACAGCGAGGAUAUCAUGGGCAAGGCGCUUUUGAAGUUGACUUUGAACGACAUGCAAGACAUGAACAUUCGCAUGGGGCCGCGCAAAGUCCUGGCCGAACGCAUCGCUGCCGUGUCCUUGCCGACAGCCGAGGCUCGAGGUGGGGGGGUCAGCCUGUUUUGCGCUCGCUUUGCGCUCGCUCUCCAGGUCGGGCGGGGUCUUCGAGGUGUAAAGACGGGCUUAUGCGGUGAGCUGACCAAAUGUCCCAGCCUGCAGGUGCCUGAUGCACAAAAGGCCAUCCAGGACAUCCUUUGCCCAAGCUGGACUGUGCGCUCUCCCAGUGCGAUGAUGCCACGGCUCAUCGCGCGCGAGGAGGCCAAACAUCAAAUCCUGGAGUACAUCCGGGGGUCCUUGUCACAGGAUGACUACUACUGGGAGUCCGGGUCAAGCAUAAACAAGUGUGCAAUCCUGACGACGGCCGGAAUAAAGGGCACAGGCAAAACUCGAGUACUUCACGAGAUGUGCACGACCUGGCGGGACGAAACCGGGGCGAAGGCGGCUCUGACAGUGGACUUCAAUGGGGGGAGCUAUUGGGACAACAGCAAAGCUGCAACCGAAGUGUUUUCAAAGCUACUCCUUCAGCAGUCAGGCAUGCCUGCGGAGAAAGCAGAAAACUGCGCGGCCGUUCUUUCAUUCAAGCAGGUGAUGCAGUGUUUGCGAGAGAAGCUGAAUUUGGGCGCCGACGACCUUCUGCUGGUAGGCAUCGAUGAGAUUCGGCAGUUCGAGACCCUUGCUGGCAAAGACAGGGCUGUGCAACUAGUAUCCAACCUCAUGGGAGCCCAGGACGAGUCCCUCCUCCAAACAAGCAACUGCCCGGUAAUCUUCGUGUGGACAUCGCUGCUUGAGAGCUACAUGUCAACGCUGAUGAGCGACUCCGAGCGCUAUGUGCUGCUGCCGAUCUCGUUGAGGGGUUUGCCACUUGCAGAGGCUUUGCAGCUGCUGCCCGAGGAGCUUCGCGAAGAACUGGACAAAGAACCAUCCGGACGUCAACUCGUGCGACAGCUGCUGGGUCAUCCGCGGCUGAUGUUCGAUGCUUUGAGAAAGGAGUACUCCAAGCUCAAGAAGCCUCCUCGGAAUCCACUUGCAUGGAAUCAACUUCAGCUUGCCAUUGUAACUCAUGCCAAGCUCGGAGACCGAAAAGUCUUGGACAGCGUCGAGGUGAUUCACUGGUGGUCUCCUCUCGCUUCCACAACUCGAUCAGUGCUUGAAGACCUCCGUCUGCGUGGUAUUGUUCAUUCCGUGCGAUGUGGCAACAGCUUCAUCAACAUCCUUCAUCCCGUAAUGCUGCAACUUUGGGCACGGAGUGACGGAACCAGUCUCGCAGGCCAGAUCAUCGAGAUGUUCGAGCAGGAUGCGGUCAUGGAGGACACAAACGAGAAGAAGUUUGAGGACAUCAUGGUCCACUUCGACUGUGCUGUGCGCCUGGCGUUGGGCAAGAGCAAAUGCACACUCGAACAGCUGUUCCAUGGGGCGAGCUUUCGACCAACAACAAGUGGUUUGCAGAACGUCGUCGUCACCUCCAUGCAGAAUGCUCUUGCACCGUUGGAGUAUGUCAAGUCUUUCGUAUGUGUAGAGGAAGUCCUGCAGUCCCUCAAAAGCGGUAAGAUCGUCGUGUCCUAG